AGACCUCAUUUGUUUGCAAAGAGGAAAAAGGAAGUGAAUGAGUUUAAAGUAGCAGUAUCAGUGUACGUAUACAACGUUUGAGUCUGAUUGUUGUUUUGUUUGUUUCCCACGAUCCAUAUACAAAUAAAUAAAUACACAAAAUCCUCAAAUUGAUGUGUUUUUUGGGGCUGGCAUUAUCAAACAAAGAUGGGUUUGAUUUCGGGGACGCUGUUGGGCAUUAUGUUCGGGAUCGGGUUGAUGGCGAUUUGGCGCCAUGUAAUGAGAUACCGCAGCACCAAACGUAUCGCCAAGGCAGUUGACGUCAAACUAAUGGGUAGCCUAAACAGGGAUGAUCUCAAGAAAAUCUGCGGUGAUAAUUUUCCUGAAUGGGUAUCAUUCCCUGUCUAUGAGCAGGUGAAAUGGUUGAACAAACAACUGAGUAAGCUGUGGCCCUUUGUUGCUGAUGCGGCUGAGGCUGUUAUAAGAGAGUCUGUUGAACCUUUGUUAGAAGAAUAUCGCCCUCCCGGGAUUAAUUUGAAGUUCAGCAAACUGUCCCUUGGAACUGUGGCACCAAAGAUUGAAGGUAUUCGUGUUCAGAGCCUUAAAAAGGGUCAAAUUACUAUGGAUGUUGACUUCCGAUGGGGUGGAGAUCCCAGUAUCAUUCUAGCUGUUGAAGCUGCACUAGUUGCUUCUUUGCCCAUUCAGUUGAAAGACCUUCAAGUCUUCACAGUUAUUCGUGUUAUCUUCCAACUUGCUGACGAAAUUCCUUGCAUAUCUGCUGUUGUUGUUGCUUUACUUGCCGAGCCAAAGCCAAGAAUCGAUUAUGUAUUGAAGGCUGUCGGUGGAAGUUUAACCGCCAUUCCUGGACUUUCAGAUAUGAUAGAUGUUACUGUGAAUUCUAUUGUCACGGAUACGCUACAAUGGCCCCAUAGGAUUGUUGUUCCAAUUGGUGGUUUACCUGUGGAUACAAGUGAUUUGGAGCUUAAGCCACAGGCGAAGGUUACGAUAACGAUAAUCAAGGCAAAUGACUUAAAGAACAGGGAAGUGAUUGGAAAAUCUGAUCCGUAUGCAAUUGUAUAUAUCCGUCCACUGUUCAAGGUUAAAACAAAAACUAUCGAUGACAACCUUAACCCUGUUUGGAAUGAGACAUUUGAGUUGAUUGCAGAAGACAAGGAGACACAAGCUGUUAUCCUCGAGGUUUUUGAUGAAGAUGUUGGGCAAGAUGAGCUAAUGGGUGUUGCAAAGUUACCUCUGAAUGAGCUGGUACCUGAGACUUCCAAACAACAUGAAUUGAGACUGCUGCCAAAACUUGACAUGUUUAAAGUCAAAGACAAGAAGGACAGAGGGACCAUUACAAUUAAGGUGUUGUACCACGAAUUCAGCAAGCAAGAGCAGCUAGCUGCCAUGGAGUAUGAGAAUAGGACCCUGGAAGCGCGAAAAAAGCAGAGAGAAGAAGGUACGAUUGGGAACGGAAGGGAUGCCAUGGAUGGGGCAGGAUCCGCUGUUGGUACAGGAGCGGAGGUUGUGGGGAGUGGCAUGAGUGCGGGCAUUGGAGCGACUGGAAGUGGGAAGGGAGCAGUGAGCAGUGGGCUUAGCAAAGCCGGUAAGUUUGUUGGUAGGACAUUUACCGGGCAUUCCAUUUCCAUCCAUCCCCAUUCUAAGAGCCACCGGCGUGAAAAUUCCUCCCCAACAUUGAACUCUGCUCGUGAAGGUGGCGGUGGUGGUGGUGGUGGUAAUGGUGAUGCAAAGCCAGUUUAGACUAUAACGCUCUAGACUUGGACUUUCACAUCAAUUUUUUUUGACAGAUUGCCGUUCGAUAUGCCAGUUUAGUUGUCCAUGGACCAAAUUUGGUGUCUAAAGGAAAACCUUAAUUAUGAGUGUAGUGAUGAAACAUAAGCUUUGAUGUUCUAAUCAAUCGAAUUUGGUCUGUAUAGCCUUGUUAAAAAAUAAUGAUGUACAUUCUUAUCCUUUCCCUUUCUUCACAAAA